AUGUCCUCUAUUUAUGUGGGGAGAGUUGAAGCUAAAGUUCAAAACUUGUCAACUUCUGUUGAGACUCGUGUGAAUGAUACAAAUUUUGAAAGAAUUUAUGUUCAAAAUGGUAUAAAUGUUAAGCCUUUGGUUGUUGAGAGAAUUGAUAAAGAUGAAAACAUUGUGGGGGGGCAAGAAUCAAUAGCUGAAGUUGGUAGUGUUGAAGAAGUCGAUGGAGACAAAAAUUUGGAGGGUGUUAAAAAAUCAAGGAUUGAGACUUGUCCUAGGAGAGAAGAGACUGAUAUUGAAAAGGAGGCAUGGAGAUUGUUGCAAGAAUCUGUGGUAACGUAUUGUGGGAGUCCUGUAGGGACUAUGGCUGCUAAUGAUCUUAAUGAUAAACAACCGUUGAAUUAUGAUCAAGUGUUUAUUCGUGAUUUCGUGCCUUCUGCUUUGGCUUUCCUGCUGAGAGGAGAAUCGGAAAUACUGAAGAAUUUCCUCCUUCAUACCUUGCAGUUACAGAGUUGGGAGAAAACGGUGGACUGCUACAGCCCAGGACAGGGAUUGAUGCCAGCUAGUUUUAAAGUCAGAAGUGUACCUCUCGAUGGCAAUAAGUUUGAAGAAGUCCUAGAUCCAGAUUUUGGUGAAUCAGCAAUUGGUCGUGUUGCACCUGUAGAUUCUGGAUUGUGGUGGAUUAUUUUAUUGAGGGCAUAUGGAAAGAUCACUGGUGACUAUGCAUUACAAGAAAGGGUGGAUGUUCAGACGGGCAUAAAAUUGAUUAUGAAUUUGUGCUUAGCUGAUGGUUUCGAUAUGUUUCCUUCUUUGUUAGUCACUGAUGGGUCCUGCAUGAUAGACCGUCGGAUGGGUAUCCAUGGUCACCCCCUUGAGAUCCAAGCCUUGUUUUAUACAGCCCUACGGUGUUCUCGUGAGAUGCUCUCAGUAAGUGAAGGAUCCAAAAAUUUAGUUAGAGCCAUCAACAAUAGGCUGAGUGCAUUAUCGUUUCACAUAAGAGAAUAUUAUUGGGUGGAUAUGAAGAAGAUCAAUGAAAUAUACCGGUACAAAACAGAAGAGUACUCCAUGGAUGCCACCAACAAAUUCAAUAUUUAUCCUGAUCAAAUUCCUGCAUGGCUAAUGGAUUGGAUACCAGAGGAAGGUGGAUAUUUGAUUGGCAAUCUACAGCCUGCUCACAUGGAUUUUAGGUUCUUCACGCUUGGUAACCUUUGGUCCAUCAUUUCAUCUUUGGGUACUCCAAAGCAAAACGAAGCUAUUUUAAAUCUUUUUGAAGCCAAAUGGGAUGAUCUUGUGGGGCAUAUGCCUUUGAAGAUAUGUUACCCUGCUGUGGAGCAUGAAGAGUGGCGUAUUAUCACUGGCAGUGAUCCAAAGAACACCCCCUGGUCAUAUCAUAAUGGUGGAUCUUGGCCAACACUUUUGUGGCAGUUCACAUUGGCAUGCAUCAAGAUGGGAAAAUUUGAAUUAGCCCAGAAGGCAGUUGACAUGGCUGAAAAGAGGCUUGCAGUUGACCGUUGGCCUGAAUAUUAUGACACCCGAACAGGGAAGUUUAUUGGAAAACAAGCACGACUUUUCCAGACAUGGACUAUUGCGGGGUUCUUGACAUCUAAAAUGCUCCUGGAGAAUCCAGAAAUGGCUUCCUUGUUAUUCUGGGAUGAGGAUUACGAACUUCUCGAGAUCUGUGUCUGUGCUCUUAGCAAGACUGGGCGGAAGAAAUGCUCUCGUGGUGCAGCUAAGUCUCAGAUUCUCGUCUAACUGAGAUACCAUUUUUAUACGAAGGCAUUCGUAUAAGGCAGAGUGUCUUUGUAUUGUACAGUCACAAGUUUAGGGCAUAGUAAUAAAAGAAUUGAUAAAGUGAAAUUUUAAGCCUUAAAAGUGUAACAUAUAGAAUUUUCAGCAUAACUGUACAGUAGUGAUGGUUUAUUCGUCCGAUUGAUUAACUAAAAAGUUGAUCAUACAAGUUUCUAGUGACUUAGCAUAGAGGGAGGCCCUGGAUUCUACCAUGGCUCUUUUGCAAGGUCAUCUGUAUUUUUUAUAUUAUAUGCAAUGGUUACACUUACACAUUCACCAUAUUUAUUUAUUUAUUAAUGGAUUGGUUA